CAGGGAAAGUCGGGGGGGGGGACCCUCCUGAUUCCCCCCACUAGCCCCUUCUGCAGCAGCCUCGGGAGCUUUGGUAAAGGGGCCUGAGCUCCCUUGCAGGUGGUGCAUUGCAGGGCAGGGGGCAUGCAUGUGGCAGGAUACAUGCACCACCCCAGCAAUUUUCAGUCCCCAAAUCGUGUCUCCUGUUCCCCCCUCCUCUGCAAGAAUUUCCACCAACACGCGAGCGAACUGAUCCUCCCAGAUAACGCAGUGGAAGCCAGACGCCGCUCAAUAUGACGACUGAAACCUUUGUAAAGGACAUUAAACCUGGCUUGAAAAACUUGAACCUUAUUUUUAUUGUACUGGAAACAGGUCGGGUGACCAAGACAAAGGACGGCCACGAGGUGCGGACGUGCAAAGUAGCCGACAAAACGGGCAGCAUCAACAUCUCGGUGUGGGACGACGUAGGGAACCUCAUUCAGCCGGGGGACAUCAUCCGAUUGACCAAAGGCUACGCGUCAGUUUUCAAAGGCUGCCUGACGCUCUACACGGGCCGCGGAGGAGACCUGCAGAAAAUCGGAGAGUUCUGCAUGAUUUACUCCGAGGUCCCGAACUUCAGCGAACCCAACCCGGAGUACGUGACCCAGCAGUCCCAGAGCAAAGCCGCCCAGAACGACAACGCAACCCCUGCUGCUCCCCAGAAUACCCCGGGCCCCGCCGCAUCGGCCCCAGCUGCCGAUAACCAGAACGGCAACGGGCUGAGUGCCCCAGGCCCUGGCGCCCUCCCCCACCCGCCAAAUGUCCCAUCCCACCCCACCAGCGGCCGGAUCACCAGGAGCCAGCCGAACCACCAGGGCGCGGGCUCGGCCGGGUCCGGCUCAUCCUCCAGCCCCAUCAGCAACGGCAAAGAGACCCGGCGAAGCAGCAAGAGAUAACGCCUGGGGUUGGGCCCCCCCGCCCCAGCUCUGUGCCGGCUCGCAGGGAGGAGGCUGAGCCGGAGGGCGGGGAGUGGGGGAGAGACCGUGGCCGGCUGGCGCUAUGGGCUAGAUCAGAGACAGCGAAACCAAGAGCGUUUUCCUCGCCGCGGUCGUGACCAUUUUAACCAGGACUGUGGCCUUCUCCUGAGCAGUGAUGGGGAGGGGGGUGCCCCCCCCAUUGGAAACCAGCCCUUUAUCUUCACGGCUCUGCUCUGAGACUAAUCUGAACCACAGCCAACCGCCCUGCCCCCACUGGGAUCCCCUCGGGGGGGUGUGUGCCAGGCCCCCCCCCCCGGAUUUCAUUCCUCUUUUUUUUUUUUUUUUUAAACAAAUAUCCUGAAACUUUUUAGCAAACUUUAAAAAGCUGAUUUUGCCAGGUGGAGUCAGUGGCCAGGGGGCAGCCGGGGACUGCUGAGGCCUCGGGGCAUAGGACAGGGGGGCAGCAGCAGUGGGGCUCCCCCCCUCCUUGCCCCUGGAAGGGGCCCAUUUGGGUCUUGGUGUCUCAGCGGAGGGGGGGCGAUGGGGCGGGGCGCUGGCUGCAGGCCAGGUCGGCCGUGAUCCCCGCCUGGGCCCCCUGUACGUCUCCGUCCUUACGAGCGCCCCCCUCGCAGG